UCAUAUUGUUAUUUGAACUGUCAUAUUCAUUGGAAACAGUACCCACUUGUUUUACAUGACUACAAGUAAAGAUACAUUUUAAUAUAAAAUGGUGAGUGAACAUCACCAGUACAAUACUAAAGUUUAAAUUAUUUCAAAUUCCUCACUAAACACACGGCACCGUUUAACUUUUGUUUUUUUACGGAUAGCCAGGGGCACUCGGGCUUCAUUUACAAGCAUGUCCAAAAUCUUUAUAUCACAUUCAGACUUUGCUCGUCUUAAUAUUAUAUUUCUUAAGGGAAUUAAGAUGUGUUAAUUGUUUAGAUAUUACUGCACUGUUGGAGCUAGGAACACAUAUCGCUACCCACAAUAACAUCUGCUAAACAUGUGUAUGCGACUGAUUUGUGAGGCGUGAGUCUGCCUGAUCAGGGGGAGUAGGGAUGACCUUGUUCUCUUGGUGAUUUGUAGGAGCCAUGGCCCGUACCAAGCAGACAGCCCGUAAAUCUACUGGAGGCAAAGCCCCACGUAAGCAGCUGGCCACCAAAGCUGCCCGCAAGAGUGCCCCUUCUACUGGUGGGGUCAAGAAGCCCCAUCGUUACAGGCCUGGUACGGUGGCCCUGCGUGAGAUCCGUCGGUACCAGAAGUCCACUGAGCUGCUGAUCCGCAAGCUGCCCUUCCAGCGCCUGGUGAGAGAAAUCGCUCAGGACUUCAAGACUGACCUGCGUUUCCAGAGUGCAGCAAUUGGAGCCCUGCAGGAGGCCAGCGAGGCUUACCUGGUUGGUCUGUUUGAGGACACCAACCUGUGCGCCAUCCACGCCAAGCGUGUCACCAUCAUGCCCAAAGACAUCCAGCUGGCGCGUCGUAUCCGUGGGGAGCGUGCUUAGACGCCUACCUGAUUUACCUCUCCUCCCCUCACCAGUCUGCCCUCCCCUCCUCCACCUCUCCCUGCCCUCCCCUCCUCCACCUCUCCCUGCCCUUCCAUCCCUCCCUCUCCCUGUCCCUCCCUUCACCCUCUCCUUGCCCUCCCCUCACCCUCUCCUCUCAUGUUGGUAGUGAUUUAGAGAAACAAUGAUUAUGAUAAGAAUAACGUGUAUAGUGUUGUUUUCUUAGUACUCUCGGCAGCAGACUAUUAUGGGUACUUUUUUUGUGCAUGUACCUGCUUGUUGCUGGUCAGAUCCCCCACCACCACACCAUCAAAUCAGAUGUUCCAUUGUCAUGAUGCCGUGUGGAGAGAUCAGAUAAAACAAGACAGGGAAUCUGACAUAGGUUGUGGUCACAGGAGGAUGGGGUUAGGUUGUCUGCAGAGGGGAGUACCUCUUUCUCUGCAGGGUGCUAGAACAACUGCCCUAGUCCCCUUCCUCCUUCCCCACUCUUCCAGUGAAAUAGAGACUGUAUCUUUCAUGGCAACACCUGAACGAGAGUCCAGCCCCCACCCUUUGUGUGUGAGCGUGUAGAUUUUGAUCAGCACAGCAAAUUGUAUACAAUUCAAAAACAUCUUUGGAGCAAUUGUUUAUUAUUACAAUAUUGAUCAUUAUCAUGGGUAUUACUUUUAUUUUUUAUGCUUACGCACAUUUUUCAUAGAAAAAAUAUUUGUGAAUGAAAUGAAGGUGGAUUCAAAUAAAAUUUUGUACAGAAAACAAAAUCGACGUAAGCUAUCGUUUCUACAGGUGUUGAAGCUUGUGAUUUGUUUUGGCUGUCCAAGGGGAUUCUAGAUUGUUCAUUCUCAUUUCAUUGCCUCUUAUAUGAUUGGCACUAUUUUCCCUUUGUCUUUGAAUUCUCAAAUUUGGUUUCUGCGAUAAAUAAUUGGAGACAGCAUUUUAUGGCUUUUGCAAACAAAUAGCGAAUCCAGUGUUCUUAGUGAUCACUCCUGAGGGGCCUUGUUGUGAGGUUUAUGGAGCUGGUGGUCAAUGCUCUCUUGCAAACUAAAAACAGUCUAAUUGGUAAAGUGAUCAUGUAUGUUAAUGUUAUGUGAGCUGUAAUUGGAAUGGUCACGGAUAUUUAGACCUCCCCUUUGCUUCUCAGGUUGAUGUGUCACCCUUUUAACUUAAAUCAUUUUUGUUUCUUGAUUGGAAUUUGAAAUGUUAAGAUGUUUAAAUAAAACAAUGUUUGUAAUUUCCAGAUUUCUCAUAUGUGGUAAUAAAUGGAUGUUAUACACGUCUGUCA